UUAUUUUGAUGUUGUGACCGGAAAUAUGAGUAUAAUGUGUGCAGCUUGACGCGUGGCCACAUCUUCAUGGAUCUGCUGCUGAGGGAGAAACUUUGGAGCCCAAUUUAAGGAGACAUUGGAGGCCUGCGUUAGCGAUGCUUUUCCAGGAGUGGUUAGAGACACUUCGUUCCAGCGCUGGACUCAAAGGAUCAGGAUCAGAAUCAGAGGACUUGUGGAGUCUUCUGCCAUCCCUGCCUCUGUCCUCCUUCUCCCUGUCCUCCCUGUCUCUGUCACGCUCCUCUCUGCUCGGUUUAGGAGCCUUGGCCUCCAUCACUGCGUACUGGCUGGUGACCCGUCCUCGACCCAUGCGACCUCCGUGUGAUCUACAAGCCCAGUCUGUGGCUGUGAAUGGAGAUCCCAGCUGCAGGCGGUCGGCUCUCCUUAAAGAUGACUCACUGCUGGAGUUUUACUACGAUGACACCAGGACGGCCUACGACAUGUUCCAGAGAGGCGUGAGAAUCGCAGGAAAUGGCCCGUGUCUUGGCUUCAGGAAACCGGGGCAGCCCUACGAGUGGAUCUCCUACGCCGAGGUGGCGGAGCGGGCUCAGUUGCUGGGCUCUGGGCUGCUGGCUAAAGGCUGCCAGCCGAACCCGAAUCAGUUUGUCGGGAUAUUUGCACAAAACAGACCAGAGUGGAUCAUCUCAGAGCUGGGCUGCUACACUUACUCCAUGGCGGUGGUUCCUCUGUACGACACACUGGGGGCGGAGGCGAUGGUCCACAUACUGAACCUGGCUGAGAUCUCUCUGGUGAUCUGUGACCGGGAGGAGAAGGCAGCCACUUUAUUGGAGAACAAGGAGAAAGGCGCGACUCCGAAGCUCUCCUGCCUGGUUCUCUUUAACGACUUCAGCGACGCGUUCGUGGAGAGGGCGAAAAACUGCGAGGUGGAGGUUUUGAAACUGGAUCAGCUCAUGGAGCUGGGAAGGCAGAACCUCAAAGAUCCUGUGCCGCCCCAGCCUCAGGAUCUGGCCGUGGUUUGCUUCACCAGUGGAACCACAGGGAAGCCCAAGGGAGCCAUGAUCACCCACGGCAACAUCGCCUCCAACACUUCCUCUGUCAUUAAGAUCCUGGAGGGUUCGUUUGUGUUCCAACAAGACGACGUGUCGAUCUCGUACCUGCCGCUUGCCCACAUGUUUGAGAGGAUGAUUCAGGUCUCGAUGUUCUGCGCCGGGGCCAGAGUUGGCUUCUACCAAGGCGACAUCUCUCUCCUUAUGGACGACAUUAAAACUCUCAAACCUACCUUCUUUCCUGUUGUGCCUCGUUUACUCAAUCGCAUUUAUGACAAGAUCCUGGGUUCUGUGAACUCUCCGUUGCGACGGGCUUUGCUUCACUACGCCGUGAAAAGAAAGCAGGCAGAGCUCAGCAGCGGAGUUGUACGUAACAACAGUCUGUGGGACAAACUGGUGUUCAACAGGAUUCAGGCCAGUUUAGGAGGUAACCUGCGGUUCGCCCUGACCGCUUCAGCACCCAUCUCCCCCACUGUGCUGUCCUUCCUCAGAGCCACCAUGGGCUGUCUGAUCUUUGAGGGUUACGGACAGACGGAGUGCACCGCAGGCUGCACUUUCUCUAUGCCGGGCGACUGGACUGCAGGUCACGUCGGUGCUCCCUUGCCCUGUGCCAUGGUGAAGCUGGUGGACAUCCCCGACAUGAACUACUAUGCUAAGAACGGAGAUGGAGAGAUCUGUAUUCGUGGCCCCAGUGUGUUCAGAGGUUACUUGAAGGAUCCAGAAAGGACAUCUGAAGCCUUGGACAGCGACGGCUGGCUGCACAGUGGAGACGUGGGCCAGUGGCUUCCAAACGGGACACUACGCAUCAUUGACAGGAAGAAGCACAUCUUCAAGUUGUCCCAGGGAGAGUACAUCGCUCCGGAGAAGAUAGAAAACGUCUACAUGCGUUGUGUUCCUGUGCUGCAGGUGUUCGUGCACGGAGAUAGUUUACAGUCUCAUCUAAUAGGCAUAGUUGUGCCUGACCCUGAGGUGUUUGUUGACUGGGCUAAGGAGCGAGGGAUUGUGGGAUCCUACGAAGAGCUGUGCCAGAAUCCCGAUGUAAAGAAGGCGGUAUUAGAGGACAUGAACGCCGAGGGGAAGCGAGCAGGGCUGAAGUCCUUUGAACAAGUGAAGGACCUUUACCUGCAUCCAGAGACGUUCAGUGUCGCCAACGGCCUCCUCACCCCCACGCUGAAAAGUAGACGCGUCGACAUCCGCAGGGUCUUUCAGGAACAGAUAGCAAACAUGUACAGCAAGACGGCCAUUUAAAGGACUCCUCUGACGGUUUCUGGUGUCCAAUAAGGGGGGAAAAAAUUUAAAUUUGAAAUUUGCAUACGCCCAGCAGUGCCUUAUCUAAAAUAGAUAUAUUUUGGAAUAUUGGUAUUUUGCUUCAAAGAACUUUUUAAGUCACGUCCACUCUUCACAUAAAACACACAAAGACCAAAUGGGACCAAGCGAUUAUUUUCCUCCUCCCCUCCGAUGUCACUGUUUCACUUUCACUAAUUCAAAAGUUGUGAUUCACUGGGAGAUUUUACUGUUAAAUAAAUUAUUGUGUAGCUGUAGCGAUAAAGAAGAAUCACAGGAUUUAAUUCGCAGAGAUGUAAAGUUCUAGACGUUUAAUUCACAUGCACAGAUUUUUUUUUAAAAAAGGGACACUGCUGUUUAACUGUAGGUUUGUAUUGUGCGGUUGUUGGGAUGCUUGUGUCGCCGUCACAUAAGCUUUUUCCAUCCUUGAUCUUAGCUGCUCGAUGACGACGAUGCAUUUUUUUUUUCCUGUAAUCUUUCACCUGAAGUUAAACCAGUAAAACUAACGAGGGUUUCAACCAGCAACGAUUUGUAAAGAAUAAAAACGGCUGGACUGUAAAUAAUGAUUAUUUUGAGAUUUGUUGACAAGACACUACUGACUAAUUCCAGUAAAGUAAAAAUGAACAGAAAUAAAAGGUUAGCGACUGAUGACUCUUUGGUGUGACUCUACUUUUACUACUGAGCAACAACAACAACGCAGUUUGUAGACAUCACAAUUAAUUUAUUACAGGAUUGAUUAGAAACUGAGAUGACGCAGUUAAAAACCUAAAUAAAAGUUAAAAUAUUUCCACAACUUAACCCUUCAUUAAUGAUUUAGAACGACGCCUUCAAUAUAACAACAAUGAUUAAGCAAAAAAAAUCACAAUGUUUGUAAAAGAAUAAAUAAUGAACUUCCUAAGAUUUAAAAAAAAAUUAACAUGGUAUGGGAGCAAUCGGAGCCAGAGUGUGUUCUUCAUACUGAGGCAGUUACUGAUAAAAGGUGGAAACGAAGGAGUGCAACGACAGUACGAGUUGGUCCAAAAUUUAGGGAAGCCAAACUUAAACGAGAUGGCGUUCCGACCACGAAGAACUUCAGAGUGCCGAUAACGUGAGAGCUUCUUUGCUAAACGGACAAACCACAACAAUAGAACGAAAUGCUGGAUGGUGUAAAUAAAAUAAAAAAGGAAACAGUGUGUCAUGAUCAGUGAGUUCCACUAGAGGGGGCACCAGCCUUUGUUUUGGACAGCGAUUCAUCGAGGGACUCCUCUCUCUCUCCGCUGCAAAGGCACAGACUCACUUCAACACAAGUUUAUAGUGUUACAUCCACAGUCAGGGCGACGUAGGCACAUUAUGAACAGGUGAUGUGACCUCAAUUUAAAAAAAAAAAAGCCCUCACAUGUAACAUGGCACAGAGCUAAACUUAAAAGAUAACCACCAAAGGCCAGAAUCUAGAAAUACAUUGUCUUGCUGAUGACCUGCGGUACAUUAAAUAACAUUCAGUCCGUAGUGUUUGUAAUUUCAAAGUCGGGUAAUAAAAACAGUUUCACAGAUUGUUGGAAACAAAGCAGAUGUGACUAAUAACAACAUUUCCUUGCUCAUUUUCCUACUUUAGAAACAAAUGCUUAUAGACGUUUCUGAAACCGUGAAGUGUAACCCUGUUAAUUAGUUCUGACGAGAACGGUUUGAUUCCUUUACUAAA